GAUAAAAUGUAAAUAACCAAUAUACAAUGCAGCUGAUGAAUCCCCAUCUUUUGUUUACCUUAUCUUCAAACAAAUAGAAACAAAUGGAUUUGUGUUGAUACUGGUUUGCAUUUAAAAAGAUGGAGCGCAACAAACAAAUGGUUAUGUCACGGAAAAUUCGGAAAGAUAAGACAGAAGUUAGCUGUGUUAUCAAAUACUUGAUGUUUGGAUUCAAUGUCCUAUUUUGGCUUGUUGGUGCUGUUUGUUUGGCAAUAGGAUUAUGGGCAUGGGCAGAGAAAGAUAUGUUUAACAACAUUGGUAAACUUACGAAAAUUUCAUUUGAUCCUGCAUUGUUUUUCAUCAUUACGGGAGCAGUUAUUUUUGUUAUCUGUUUUGCUGGGUGUAUUGGUGCACUUAGAGAAAAUACAGGACUUUUGUUAUUUUAUUGUUUAUUAGUUGGAUUAAUAUUUGCUGGGCAGCUAAUUGUUGGUGUGUUAGCCUUUAUUUAUAAAGAUUGGGUGAAAGACCAAAUACAGACACAAGUAAAGAAUAUGAUAGUUAAUUACAGAGAAGAUGUUGAUCUCCAAAACUUAAUUGACUGGGUUCAAGAAGAUUGGUUAUUUUGUUGUGGUGUGGAUUCCUAUAAAGAUUGGGAAUUAAACAUGUAUUUUAAUUGCUCAUCUCCUGGUAUAGAAACUUGUGGUGUACCGUCAUCAUGUUGUAUCAAGAAAGAUGGGACUUCAUUUGUCAAUACUCAAUGUGGUCAUGAUAUGAUGCUGAAAAAACAUGAUUUUGAUAGAACUACAUAUAUAUACACUACUGGUUGUAUACCAGAAGGACAGAAAUGGUUGCAAAGUAAUCUCAUAGUUGUUGCCUCAGUAGCUGUUGGUAUUGCAGUCGUACAGAUUCUUUUACUGUGUUUUGCACACAAUUUACGAAGUGACAUUAGAGCACAGUUAGCUAAAUGGAGAUAUAACCGAGGAGCUCUUUGAUCUCAAGAAAAGUAUUUCGCAUUAAAUAGUGCUUUUGACAGAUGAUCUUAUAGAUUCCUUACAUGAAGAUCUAUCGUUUGAGUGGUGAAGACAGGAGCAGAUGAACAAUUCUGUACAAAUCUGUUUCUAUUGUACAUUUCUAUGUGUGUCAUUUGUUUGACAACAAUGAACUGAAGAUGUUGAUUAUGUCUGUUAUUCCUAAGAAUAGGUUAAACUACAGGUAUAUAUAUUUUUUGGGUUUUUUUUUCAAGUUGAAAUUAUAAAAAAGAGAGAACAAUUGCAUUUUGUUUAAUUUUAAUUUUGAGCAGGAUUCAAUUCUGUGACCAUAACUUUUGUAAUGUAAUAAUAAUUGUUUGGCUUGAAUUUUGAUAGAUUAAUACUACAUUUAUAUGUAUAAAUAUGAAAUCCAUUUUAAAAUAUAUACUUGCAGUAAAAGGUGUAUGAAACAUAUAAGAUUAAAAGAUAAAUACAAUUCAUUGAGAUCGUAAUGUUAUGCUUUAACAUGGGUUUUUACACAUAAAAUGGAAAGCAAUUGUUCUUUGGUUGUACCGGUAAGUGUUUUUGCCAUGUGAUUAUGAAAUUUUAUCUAGGCAUGUUUUAUAACAGACAUUUAAAGGUUUGGUAAUUCUUUUGAUGUUAAAUAGAUUUUCCAGUUCUUCAGAAUACACCUUAUCGCUAUUUAUUCCUAUGAGGAUAAGUUCUAGAAUUACACAACUUUUCAAACCAGUUGAAGCUAUCUGGGGCCUUGUUUAAACAAUGUAUUGUGCAUAAAACUUUAUAUACAGACAUGUUUAAACCAUCGUAAACACAUCAAACAAAGUAUUUUCAAUGACUUUAAUUUGUCUAUUAAAAAUUGCUUCUUAAACUAUCAAAAUUUUAAAAUGUCCAUUUUCCAAACUUUUUCCUCUCUCAGCUCAUUGCUGAGUAACUUUUUUUUUGCUCCACUUGACCUCAACAGGAAGUUGUCUAAGUAACUGUUUUUCCCAGAUUGGACUAAAUAGCGAUAAGAUGUAAUAAAUGUGUGCAUGUCUUUUGACAAAAGAUAUUCAUGUAAAGUUCAUCAAUUCCAUUACAGUACAUUCUACAGUUACUGGUAAAAAAUGAAAGCUCAGUGUAAAUUACUGUGAUGAUCAUACUGUCUCAUUUUUCUCAUUGCUAAAAAAAACAUUAGAUUAUUUUAUGAAUUUUCAGUAGUUGAAUUUUGAGAUAUUUUCACCUUUUUUGGGCAUUAUGUUUUGUUAUAUUAGAUUUGUUAUGUUGUGAGGACUGUUAUGAAUAUUAUAUAUUUCCUAUCAAAUGUAGCUAAACCCUUGUAGAUUUGAAUGAAGGAAAUAAUGUAAAACUUGCAUGUUUAUCUAACUCGUUAGGUUACAAACUGUUGAUUGAUAUUUACUCAAUCAAAAAUACAUUUCACAAAUCUACCAGCUUUUGAAAAUAGAUCUUAGUAACAGGUUACAUUUCUAUCUUUGAAAUCCAAUUACUUUUUUCAUUUUGUCAAAAAAUGGGAAGUAAAUGCUCCGUGUUGAAGGCCGUACCUUGACCUAUAAUGGUUUACUUUUAUAAAUUGUUACUUGGAUGGAGAGUUGUCUCAUUGGCACUCAUACCACAUCUUCCUAUAUCUACUUUCAAAUUAAGGUGCUUUCACAAAUUCCUUUGUAUGUCAUGAACGCCAUUCUGAUGGGGCUUGAGAAAUAGCCUAGUUUUACUGGUAAUAAAACUUUCAGUAUGAUACAAAAUAAAGAUUAUGAUUUGGGACUGAGAAAUACAUUGUAGCUUACUAAUGAGGAUUUGAUUUUAAUGUUUUAUAUAUGUGGUAUAUGCCAGCAAAGUGUCAUUUCUAAUAUAUAUGAUUUUGUCUAUGUUCAUGGAAUACAUUCCUGAGGUUGUUUUUUUUCAAUUUACAUUUCACAAAUCAGAUACCUCGUAGAUUUAUUUUGACAUUUAUUGCAAGUCUAUUAAACUAGUUACAGAUGUUUCCUAAAAUGUAAACUGAUUGUGUACUAUGUCUGUAAUACAAAGGAUUUUUUGUACAAUUUAUCACAGACAUGCCUUACCAUAUUAACUUAGAGGUGUAUUUAAUUUUAUUCUUGUUUACUGCAUAUUGUUGAAAAUUAUGUACAAUUUAAAUAUGUUUUAGUUUUUAUGUUGUCAUUAUAUAUUGAAAAAAUCACACACUUCGGUUUUAAAAUGAUGCAUAAAAAACUUUCCACAUAGAUUAAAUGAGUCAAUACAUAACAGAUGAAAAAAUAUUGAAAAUUUAUAUUUUUUAUGAAAAAGAUAUGUUCAGAAGAAAUAAAGUUGUAGAUUUAAGUACCUUUGAAAUUUAAAACAACACGUUAUAAUUUCAUGUGUCCAAAGUGCUAUUCUAAAUUUACCUUCACCAAGAACACCAUAUUAAGCCAAGGAUGUGUAAGAACUAAAAUCGUUGAAGAUCUAUUUGAUCAAAAGGACCUAACAAAAUAGCCAAAUCCAUCUAAGGUCCACUUUGCUUCUUUAUGAUUUUAAUAUUUAUAAAAGGACAAUUUUGUAAAGGUUUGUUAUAAGUCUUGUCAGUACCAAAGUACCUACUACUGAGUUGAUGAUACCCUUGGGGACUGAUAGUCCACCAGCAAAGGUAUCGACCCAGUGCUGUAAAAAUUAAAAACUAACAUAUGUUUAGAAAGAUAUUUGACUGGAAAAGUACCAUAAUCAUUGAACUUUUUCACUUAUUGUUAACUGGACAUAUAUUUUUCAUAAUUUUGUGUGAAAUUAUAGUAAACUAUAUCAAAUUAAUAAAGAUAAAUAUAUGUGGACAAACAUAAUGUUCUGUCCAUGCUCAAAGCCUUUUAACUAGUACAGCAUGAAUUAUAGUAAAUACCAGAAUGAAAUUAGAAAAUUUGUUUGCAUUGAGAGGCAUCAUAGUUCUUAUAUAGUGACAGAUAUUACAUGCACUGAGUAGAGUUAUCACACAUUUUUGCAGCAUUUUUGCUGCAGUUUUGCUGCAGACAUUUUCCUUGAUUGAUUUACAAGUCAUUAGUUUAAAUAUUGAUAAAAAAAUUUCAACAUAUAUUAUUAUAGAUAGUGCAAUAUUUUGCUGUUUUCAGUGAAGCAAGCCUGCCAUAUAGUAUAUCAUAGUAUUUUGCUUUAUUUAGGUGUUUUGAGAUUCUAAUUGCAUGCAUUUUUCUAUCAACGUUUACUGGGAUAUACUCAAUUAUAUGAAAAAAAUACUGAAUUGUUUAUUUUUCUUUUUUUGUCAGGAAUUGAAAAUUAGUUCUACACAAUCAACACAAAAAAAAAAAAUGGGUCAAACUUUGAUUACAUGAAAGCAAAAUCAAACAAUAAAAAGUAUUUUCUCAAUUAUUGUCAGGAUUACAAUAUUGUUUGCAAAACAGUGCUAUAUGCAAGUUAUAUUUUCUUGAAAACAAAAUCUUGUUUGUCUUGCCCUCAAAAAGUCCUAGAUGCAAGAGUAUGCCUGCUGUUUCAGGCAAUGGCAUCUAGAAUUCUUCAAGUUUAUGAUUAGGUCACACAGGCGGAGAGAUAUGUCUGUGUUAACACUUUAUUAUACAGUAAGGACAUAUGGAAGAAUAAACACAGGAAAAAUGAGCAUGUCUCUAAUAAAUGUCAAGUUUUCAUCAUAGUGAAUAAUCAUGUUAACCUACAUAUUCAUUUUGGUAGACAGGGUACAUAUCAAUGUACAGUGAUCUGUAAAUUUUGACACUAUAUCUCAGAGUAAAUUUAUUUUAUAACUUACUUGUAAGAUUUGUGUAACAAAUUGAAAACUUUACUUUCAAUCUUUUAAAAUGUCACUUUAUACAACUUUGUAUAGUUUAUUUUGUAUGUUAGACAUUUUUCUAUACAUUCAAUACUUUUCAUUUUAAUAGUUGAUUUUCAGAUAUUUGAAAAGAUUUGAGGCUUGAUAGACCUUAGGAAUAUUUGCCCUAAAGUCUUAUGUUUUAUAUUUAUCAGAACUCAAAGUUACCAUUUGGUCAGACCCAAGGGCAAAUAACUUUACCCCUUAAGUUAUUUUCUCAAAGAAAUUUGGUCUACAUCAUUAGAUUUAUAUCAAGCACAAGAAAAAGCUGUAUAUAUGAUGCAUUUGUAUCUCAUGUGAGUUGAUUUUUUUCUUUUGCUUUCAUUAAAAUUUUUAUACAGAAAAUUCUCAGAGGUUUAGAAAUCUUUUUUUAAUUAUCAUUUUAAUCUUUACGCUAUUUUGAAAUUGCAUUUGUAUUUAAACCACUGUUCCUUUUUAUUGCUUUUUUAUAUGUGAAAAUAUUGCAAUUUAUAUUUUUAAUACAUGUACAUGUAUUUGUCAUUCUAGUUUGUAAGUAAUAUUGCAUUGGUUGCCUGAAUAAAUUAAAGAGUCAUGGUGUUUGAAUCACAUUGCUGCAGACAGCCAUAGCUAGGAAUGUCCUUAAUUUUGGACAUCAAAAUUAUAAAAUAAAUUUUGGCCAGAUGUUGACAAUACUAUACUCAAAUCAACUUAUAGGAAAAGAGCAGAAGUUUACCAAAGUAAUAAUACUACUUUUUUAAAGACAUCUCUUUUACCAGUCACAUGGUCUUGCAUGAUUUUAAUGCCUUAAACAAUCACUGAUCAUGUGAAAAUGAGAUUUUAAUGCACUGUCUUCAUGAAAUAUUAAGAGGAGAUUAAAUUGAUUAUCUACUUGCUAGAAUGUUAUAUGCACCCACAGACUGUUUUUACGUACAUAAAGAACAGUUUUACUGAAAAAUUUAUACUGUGUAUUUGAUUAGAAAUAAGAAUAUUAUAUAUUAAUACUCUCUUUGUCAGUCUGAGAUUUUAGUCAUAAAUAUUAAUUUUUGAUAGUCUGUUAUAAAUUCAUCAUUUAGAGAAAUUUAGAGCAGUACAUGAUUGUUGUUCUGUUUUUACUCAGGAGGAUUACAAUUAUAUAAUGAGCUAUAAUUUGAGUGGAGGUGGAAUGUUUAAUCUCCUAAUUUAGAAUUUAUUGAUAUGCUGUGUACCCAAAAAUGUAACAGCAUCCUUUUGUUUAGUUUCCCUACUCAUGCAGUGUAUACAAUAUUGAGAAUACUCAUGUAUAUUUUAAAAUUAGAUACUGUGGAUUCAUUUUAUUUUGUUGAUAUCUUCUGUUUGCCUACUAUAACAGAGAGAAAUGAUCUGCAUAUCCUCUGCAGUUGUAACGGCAAACUAUCCAAUUUUGCAGAAAUAUAUUGAACUUGUUAAAUUUCACAUGCAUUUGAGUUGGUUUUGCUUUUAAAGAGGAUGAUCUUGUUUAUCCUAUGUUCUGAAAAACUGAACAAAAUUUAUCUUUCACUAUUUGAAAUAUUCGAGGGUUAUAAAAAUUCAAAAGUUUAUGAAUUUAGGAAUGUCUUGUUGCUAAAGAGAUAUCUACUAUACCCUUUUUGUAUGGUUCCUCAUUGCUUGUUAUCAGAUUUAAAGAUAGUAACGUGACAGGUGUGACUAUUUGAACAGGAUUUACAUACCCUUCUCUAGCACCUAAGUUCACCGCUGGUUUUGAUUGUGUUCAAGUUCCUUCAUUUUGUUUUAUGUUUAAAUGUUAUGAAUACUUGUUUGUCCUUUUGCCUUCUUUUCUUUUUUUAAUGAAGUGAUCAGUCCUUCAACUUUGAUUUUUCAUUUUCUCUUCUUUUUAUACCCCCCUAAAAUACCUCUUCAUUAGUGGGGGCAGCAUUAUGUUUUCCAAACAGUGCAGCUGUCUGUCUUUUAUAAGAUUAAAGUUUAAUGUAGAUCACCAUGAUGUUGUGGUCAUAUCAACUUGAAAUUUUUUACACAUGUUUAUUUUGAUAUAAACAUUUAAGAUUAUAUGCUAAAUUAGGUUUUCAUUCAGAUAUUAUGGAAAUAUGAUAGUGCAAGUGUUCUAUGAUAAAAAUAAUAAGAAUCCUCUACUAGGCUGCCCCAAAUGUAUACAGUUGUAUCAGGCUAAAACAAUUUGAAGGAUAUUGAUGAUACAAAGCAUAUUUGUGGCACUCACCAUUAGAAAUGUCACCAACAAAGAAGAAAUGUCCAUUUAGAAGGAUUUUUUAAUGAAUUAUAUGUUAAAUGAAUGCAAAUUUCAGGAAUUAUUUUGCAUGCUAAGUUCACAAUACCUUUUGGUUUGAGAAAAUGUUUCUGUGAGCCUUCUUAUAGAUAGUUAUAUUUUGUAUGUUCAUGUUUUUACUUUUCAUUCUGACUAAAGCAACCAUUCCUAUUAUUUCCCUGCUCAGUUUAUCCAUUAAAAUUGUUCAACCUUAAAAACAAAGAAUUUGCAGUAUCUAAUGGCUUUUACAUACAUUUAUUUUAUUUCUCAAUCAUUGUUUUUAAAUGACUAAUAAAAUGAUAUAUUGUA